UAAGCCCACAGCUGCAACCAUGAGGUGGAGCUCUCUGUGGUUGUGUUUCCUUGCUUUUUCUGUCUCCAGUGUCAGCGAAGUCCAGGCCAGACAGGUUCGCAACCAUGUCAGCAGUAUCUGCAGCACAUGGGGCAGAGAGCACUUCAAGACAUUUGAUGGUGACGUGUACCAGUUCCCGGGUAUGUGUGAAUACAACUUGGCCUCUGACUGCCACUCCCCCUACCAGGAGUUCUCCGUGCACAUGAAGAGGAAGGAUAAUGAUGGAAACCCAACAGUGGGUUAUGUGGUGGUUACCAUCAAUGACCUCUCCUUCCACCUCACUAAGACCCUGGUCACUGUCAAUGGCCUUCCUGUCCACUUGCCAUACUACAACGGAGGGGUACAAGUGGAAAAAAAUGCUGUUUACAUCAAGCUCCAAUCCAAAGUUGGCGUUGUUGUCAUGUGGAAUGGUGAUGAUUCAGUCAUGGUGGAACUGGAUGCUGAUUAUGCUAAUCGUACUUGUGGACUUUGUGGAGACUUCAAUGGCAUCUCUGUCCACAAUGAGUUUAUUCAUAACGGUCGCAAAAUCAGCUCAAUUGAAUUUGGCAACAAUCAGAAAGUCCAUCGUCCAAACGACAAUUGUGAGGACCCUUAUGAAAAGGAGGAUGAAUCACUGGAGGCUGUGACUGUGCAUGAUUUAUGCAAAGAGUUUCAAACCAGCUGUGAACAAAUGCUGCAUUCAGAGUCCUGGCGCUCCUGCACCAAUCAGAUUAAUCCAGAACCUUACAUCAAGGCCUGUGUGCAGGACAUGUGUGGCUGUAACAACAGAUCUAAUGACUUCUGUGUCUGCAGCACACUGUCCGAGUUCUCUCGACAGUGCUCCCAUGCUGGAGGGGAGCCUCCCAACUGGAGGACCCCUCAGUUCUGUGCUAAAGAUUGCCCGUACAACAUGGUUUAUGAAGAGAGUGGUUCCCCUUGCAUGGACACAUGCACACAUCAAGACACAAGUUCAAUGUGUGAGGAACACAAGAUGGAUGGAUGCUUCUGUCCUACUGGAACUGUAUUUGAUAAUAUAUCCUUGAGAGGAUGUAUCGCUCAAACUGAAUGUCAGUGCAAACACGACAGAAUCUAUGACUCCGGUGAGGUUCACCGACAGGGCAGAGAGGAAUGUACAUGUUUUGAGGGUAGAUGGGCUUGUAAGAGCCGUCAGACUCCUUCUACAUGUGCAGUUGAAGAAGGUUCACAUGUAACUACCUUUGAUGGGAAAACCUACACCUUCCACGGGGAAUGUUACUACACCCUAGCCAAGGUGGAAAGCAAGGGUGAUGCAAGUCCAAAGUUUACCAUCCUGGCCCAGUUGGUCCCGUGUGCUAAUCAGAAGUUUGACACUUGUCUUAAAACGCUGAAAGUUCUUUUGAACAAUGACAGAAACAAUGUUUUAAUGUUCAGUUCUGAUGGCACAGUCAAGCAGAAUAUGCAGACCAUCAGUUUACCAUUCAACUCUGGUGAUAUCAACAUUUUCCGCGCUUCAUCCUUUCACAUCUUGCUCCAGACCAGUUUUGGAUUGCAAAUUCAAAUUCAGCAUGUGCCUCUCAUGCAAGUCUAUGUCACCCUGGAGCAGAGCUACAGAGCAAAGACACGUGGUUUAUGUGGGAACUACAACAUGGUCCUGUCUGAUGACAUGAAGACUCCUCAGGGGAUUGUUGAAGGAACGGCAGCCUCUUUUAUUAACUCCUGGAAGGCUAACAUCAUGUGCAGAGACAGAGAAGAAAGACUGGAUGAACCCUGUUCCCUAAGUGUGGAAAAUGAGAAUUAUGCCAAACACUGGUGCGCCUUACUCCUGAGUCCAAGUAGCACCUUUGCGCAGUGCCAUUCAGUGGUGGAUGCUGACAUUUACUAUGAGAGAUGCACUUAUGCUAGUUGCAACUGUGAGAAGAGUGAAGACUGCCUGUGUGCAGUAUUCUCUUCCUACGCACGAGCUUGUGCAUCAAACGGAGUGUUUUUGACAGACUGGAGAGAGAACGUGUGUGAUAAAUACUCAAGGAACUGCCCAGAAUCACAGACCUUCUCAUACAAGCAUCAGAGAUGCCAGUUGACUUGCAGAUCACUGGGCUCUAUGCAGCAGAGCUGUACUUCUGACUUCUUGCCUGUGGAUGGCUGUUCCUGCUCUGAGGGUCUCUACCUUAAUGAUGAUGGCAUUUGUGUCACCAUGGAAAAGUGUCCCUGUUACCAUAAUGAAGGGUACAUCAAGCCAGGAAAGUCCAUCAGCAUUAAAGAUGAGCACUGUGUGUGUACCAAUGGAGUGCUUCAUUGCCGUUCAUGGAGAGCCCGCUCGUUAGCAUGCCCUUUUCCAAAAGUAUUCUUCAACUGCUCUGCUGCUGGCACAGGAGAGCUCGGACUUCAGUGUGCUCGGACAUGUUUAAAUCUCGACAGUGAUGACUGUGACUCCACAGAGUGUGAAUCAGGCUGUCAGUGUCCAGUUGGCCUCUUUGAUGAUGGCAAAGGUUCCUGUGUGAAAGAAAACCAAUGUCCAUGUCAGCAUGGUGGGCAUUUCUAUGUCCCUGGAUCAACAAUUCCUAAUCAGUGCAACACAUGUACCUGCAAAAGUGGAAACUGGGAGUGCACAAACAACAAAUGUCCAGGAACUUGCGUCAUUUAUGGAAGUGGUCACUACAACACAUUUGAUCAGCGAACAUAUGGUUUUCAAGGACAUUGUGCCUAUGUUGCUGUUAAGAACAACUGUGGGAAUAAAACCAUACAUGACAACUUUGGAGUGAUCACAGAAAAUGUACCAUGUGGAUCAACUGGCACCACAUGCUCCAAAACUGUCAGAAUCCAACUUGGGCGUAUGGAAGUCAAACUAUCAAAGGGUAAACAUGAGGAGGAGGACCUGGGACAUGGCGCUCAGAUUCAGUACAAAAUAAGGACGGUUGGCUUGUAUUUGGUCGUAGAAUCUGCCAUAGGUCUAACAGUUAUAUGGGAUCGCAAAACAACUGUUCGUACCCUCCUGGACCCAAAGCACAGCGGAGAAGUAUGCGGCCUGUGUGGAGAUUUUAAUGGUGAUGGACAGAAUGACUUUACCACCCAGGGUCAGCUCACAGUGAGCAAUGUGUUAGAGUUUGCAAACAGCUGGAAAGUGUCAAGCAGCUGUCCAGACGUAGAUACAAAUGUUGAUUCUUGUGGAGCAAGACCAAAUCGACAUCACUGGGCAAAAAUGAUGUGCAGCAUUAUAACUGGGGAAACGUUCAAAAACUGCCACAACAAGGUGGCUCCUCGUCCAUUUUAUGAAAACUGUGUGAAAGACUCAUGUGCCUGUGACUCUGGAGGUGACUGUGAGUGCUUCUGCACAGCAGUUGCAGCUUAUGCUCAGGCUUGUAAUGAGGCUGAUGUUUGUGUUGCAUGGAGAACUCCAGAAAUCUGCCCUGUCUUCUGUGAUUACUACAACAGUCCUGAUGAUUGCAAGUGGCACUACAACCCUUGUCACACACCUUGCUACAAGACCUGUUUAAAUCCACAAGGACAGUGUAGCAGCCCUACACCAAACCUGGAAGGCUGUUACCCUGUAUGUCCCGAAGAUAAGCCCAUAUUUGACGAGGAUACCCAGAUGUGUGUUGAAGACUGUCCAGGUUGCUUUUACAACGGAAUUAGAUAUGAGGAAGACGAAGUUAUUUAUAAUGUUACUGACAAUUUGGGAAUGUGCUACUAUGCAAUAUGCAAGAAUACAACAGUGAUAUUCACAAAUGAAACUUGUCUUCCACCACCACCACCACCACCAUCAACUACUCCUACACCUACACCUAUCGCCACAACUACACCUUUGACAAAAACAACUUUGACCCCUUUCACAACUGAAGCUGAAGUUACAACUCCACCAACAACUGGGGAGCCACCCACAACAGCAAAACCUACUACUACAACUUCUCCACCAGACACAACCACAGAAUCUACAACUACGACAUCUGAACCAACAACUACAACUGCAGAGCCAACAACAACCACAAUAGUUACAACAACACCAACAAUUCCCACUACAACUGAGGAGCCAACCACAACAGCAAAACCUACAACUACAACUUCACCACCAGACACAACCACAGAAUCUACAACUACGACAUCUGAACCAACAACUACAACUGCAGAGCCAACAACAACCACAAUAGUUACAACACCAACAAUUCCCACUACAACUGAGGAGCAAACCACAACAGCAAAACCUACUACUACAACUUCACCACCAGACACAACCACAGAAUCUACAACUACGACAUCUGAACCAACAACUACAACUGCAGAGCCAACAACAACCACAAUAGUUACAACAACACCAACAAUUCCCACUACAACUGAGGAGCAAACCACAACAGCAAAACCUACUACUACAACUUCACCACCAGACACAACCACAGAAUCUACAACUACGACACCAGAACCAACAACUACAACUGCAGAGCCAACAACAACCACAAUAGUUACAACAACAUCAACAAUUCCACUACAACUGAGGAGCCAACCACAACAGCAAAACCUACUACUACAACUUCACCACCAGACACAACCACAGAAUCUACAACUACGACACCUGAACCAACAACUACAACUGCAGAGCCAACAACAACCACAAUAGUUACAACAACACCAACAAUUCCCACUACAA